GCGAACGCGCAUCAAAUUAGCAUCGAUGAAGUUUGUGCGAACAUGGCGGAUUUCCUGCCGACCAGGUCCGUGUUAAAAGUUUGUCUACCCGUCUGCUUGCUAAAUAGCGGCGAGGUCGAACAGCUUCGGAAAUCAAAGGAGAUCGACAGAUGUCUCUCCCGGGAGAAAACGUAUGUGAAACGGCUGGUGAAGAUCCUGCUGCUCGGCGCUGGCGAGAGCGGCAAGUCGACUUUCCUCAAACAAAUGCGGAUCAUCCACGGUCAGGACUUCGACCAGCAAGCCCGAGAGGAGUUCAGAGCCACAAUUUACAGCAAUGUUAUCAAAGGUAUACGAGUGUUGGUGGACGCCCGGGAGAAGCUGCACAUCCCGUGGGGUGACCAGGACAACCAGCCGCACGGGGAUAACCUGAUGGCAUUCGACACAAGGUCGGCUAAGAUGGCGAGUGGGCAGCUGGAGACGUCCGUCUUUUUGCGGUAUCUACCGGCCAUCAAAGCUCUUUGGGCAGAUUCGGGUAUACAGAAUGCCUAUGACCGUCGCAGAGAGUUUCAGCUGGGUGAGUCAGUGAAGUAUUUCUUGGAUAAUCUGGAUAAGCUCGGCGAGCUGGAUUAUCUCCCUAGUCAGCAGGACAUCCUGCUUGCCCGUAAACCUACAAAGGGCAUCCAUGAGUAUGACUUCGAGAUCAAGAAUGUUCCCUUUAAGAUGGUCGACGUGGGAGGGCAGCGGUCGGAGCGAAGGCGCUGGUUCGAGUGUUUUGACUCGGUCACCUCCAUCCUCUUCCUCGUCUCCUCCUCUGAAUACGACCAGGUGCUGAUGGAGGACAGGCAGACCAACCGGCUGCGUGAAUCACUAGACAUCUUUGAGACCAUUGUCAACAACCGUGUCUUCGUCAACGUCUCCAUCAUCCUCUUCCUCAACAAGACGGACCUGCUGGAGGAGAAGGUGAAGAACGUUGCAAUCAAGGACUACUUUCCCGAAUACUCCGGGCCAGAGCACAGCCUGCCCGACAUCCAGGCGUUCAUGGUGGAGUGCUUCCGGGCUAAGAGACGAGACGCCACCCAGAAGCCCCUGUACCACCACUUCACCACAGCCAUCAACACGGAGAACAUCCGACUGGUGUUCCGGGACGUCAAGGACACCAUCCUGCACGACAACCUCAAACAGCUCAUGCUCCAAUGACCCCUGUCCACCUGUGAACGUAGAGGACCUAAACGGGGACAAACCACCCCCUUGCUCCUGACAAGGACUUGGGAGAGACCAGCCUCAGAAGAAUCCGAUAGACGUCAGCAUUCUUCUCCAGCCGUUUUUAUAUUUGUUUUUACUCUCCUCUUUGAAGAGUUGGCCUUCUUGUUAGUCCAGGGUUUGGUAGGGGGACGAGUCAGUAGGACAGGCUGUCUGCUGUUAAAAAACAAGACGAGAAGCAGUUUGGAAGUUAAAUAACAUCUGAUCUCUGCUGUCUCGGCUUAAGACUCUCCUCCAGCCUGAGCGCUGAGACCCACCGAGGCAUUUCGACUUCACAAGGUGCCGGUGCUGACAUCAACAUCAGUACCUGGCUGUGGAAACCAGCAGAACAUUUUCAGACGGGGCAUAUGGUUUCUAAACCAGAUCUACAACAAAUAAAGGAAUGCUGCAGUGAGGAUUUUGUUUAUGUUCUCAAACAACAGUCAUAUGGUCAAAAUGGCCAAAAGAUGCCAGUCUCUGUCCAAGCACUGAAUUGAUUUAGUCCAAAAUCACUCCAUUAUUUCUGCACGCUGCAGUGCUGCUUUGUGAGCCUCUUUUAAAAGCCCCUGUACUUUGUAGAAGGGCUCUUCAUCUUAUUGAUUAUCCAGAGACUGCACUAGUGUGUUUUUCUUUCCUACUGCACACAGUUUCUCCUUUUUGCUGUUAAAGUCAUCAUUUUUCCUGGUUCAAGAUCAGCAGGGAGAAAGUGUUGCACAGAAACUGUAUAUCUGGGACUAUGAGCAGGUUAUGAUGCUGAUCCUGCUCAUAAAAGAUUUGGUGCGGAGAUCAGCUCCAGCACUGGCACCUUGUCUGUGGUUAAAAAUGCUAGAAAUAAGCGUCAGACUGAACCCACAAUGCCUUUCCAUAUAAUGUCUUAAGGAGACCUAAUCACUGUUUCUAUCCUACGUUUGUGCCUGUGUCAAUCUUGGCUGCCUUUAACCGUAAAUUAUGCAAUUUGUCCUGUAUAUUAUUUUUGUUUAGAGGAAAUACUUAACCUUUGUUGGCACAUUUAGGCAGGUGUGCUCACACGUGAACAUGCAGUCCAUUGUUUUCUCAGGGUUGAAUCCAAAAUGGCGUUGAUGCUGAUUUCAUUGUUGGUGAAAUAACUGAAUAAUCUGAUCUUUCUCUGGGUGGCAGAGCGGUCAGACUCAGUCAGGCCUGAGUACAGUUAGCUGGGCGGUGUUUGGUACUGUAUCCUCCUGGCUUUGACCCUCAACAUGGACCCAGAAUCCCCUUCUUUUCUCUUUAUGGUGCAUUUCCAUAUGUGAUAUUGGCUUAACUCAGCUCAACCGCUCUCGGUUUUGGUACCAGGUACUUGAGUGCAUACUUUGUACCAUCAUAGCUAAGCAAAACUGCCAUAUUGUCAAAGACAUUAGGAUGAUAGUGCUUCUGGUUCUUAAUCUGUGGGUCUUUCUCACAGAAAGGAGACGAGUUUUGUUCCAGAGAUGAUUGCAAGAAUCUAGACUCCGUACAGGAGAGUUUGGGAAUUUCAACAGCUGUACAAAGCAAACAGAAGUCCCCAUGUCAGACAACCCCUUAUACUCCUAGUGGCAAUACUCUGACUGUUUUGUGGUCGUCAGUGUCACAUUUUAGUGUCCACUCAGCUGGCUUGGAACCUUCUAUAGGUAAUAACAAAAAUAAAAAAGAACCAAAUACAGUGCCCAACAAAAAAGUAGUGCAUUUGAGAUGAGUUGAACCAGCAUCACAUAAAGAAAAAGCACAGUUUGUUUUCAUCUCUGAUUAGAUGCCUUGUAAAGGGACGCACCUCCCCUGUUUGCCUGAAUAAUGAAUGUUUGUUAAUAUAUGUACAGAGAUUUUCUCUAGAUUGUCUAAAUAUACUGUAACCCUCAUUGUUUAUGGUGACUUGUAACCUAUCCUGUGAGAAUAUGCUUGUCAGCACUGAGUUAUGGCUGCAGGUGUCUCUGAAAAUGCAUGUGCUGUUAGGAGGAGUUCCCUUAAAAAAAAAAAGAAUUUCUUAGAAAAAGUAGACCAAAAAGCCACUGGAGUUGAAUACUUUUGCGUAUCCUGUCGGGGCUUCCAGGCACUGUUAAAAUCUGCGUCUCUCUGCCAGAUCAGCCCAUGCUUUCUUGGAACUGUUCACAUUGACGGUCUGUAUGUUUUUUUCUCUAAAAUAAAGUUCCUGUGAGCUUCACUUUGCUUCCAGCCCUGGCUUUGUACAUACUGUAAUCUGUUGUCAUGUAAAUAAUAUUCAGGUUUAACUCCAUAUAUGUAAAUGGUUGUAGAAACAUCAUUUUUCCCCCAAAUUUUGAAUGUGUUUUCAAAUCAGUGCUUUUCCAAUGAAGAUGACUUUUUGAUGUAGAUGUGUUUUGUGUAAUUUUUUCCAUCACCUUGUUGAAAUUCAUUCCUGUGCCAAGUGUCAUGCCACUCUAACCCUAUCAAUAAAAUACACUUUUCUAA